GGGGAGCGAGCUGUGUGACCGGUUGGGCCACACUUAGCGUGGGACGAAGCUUCAGCUACUGUUCGACUGCCUGCGGCCUCCCCUUCAUGUCGGCCCUCGAGAAGAACAAGCACCUCGGCCGCCUGCCCCCUCGCCCUCCUCUGCCCGGCAGCGAGAGCAGUCAGAGCGGAGCCAAGAUGCGAAUGGGCCCUGGAAGAAAGCAGGACUUUUCUCCUGUUCCAUGGAGUCAGUACUUUGAGUCCAUGGAAGAUGUAGAAGUAGAGAAUGAAACUGGCAAGGAUACUUUUCAAGUUUACAAGAGUGGCUCAGAGGGUCCAGUCCUACUUCUUUGGCAUGGAGGAGGCCAUUCUGCCCUUUCUUGGGCUGUGUUCAUGGCAGCAAUCAUUAGUAGGGUUCAGUGUAGGAUUGUGGCUUUGGAUCUUCAAGGUCAUGGUGAAACAAAAGUCAAGAAUUCUGAAGACCUGUCUGCAGAAACCAUGGCAAAAGAUGUUGCCAAUGUGGUUGAAGCCAUGUAUGGGGACCUUCCUCCUCCAAUUAUGCUCAUUGGACAUAGCAUGGGUGGUGCUAUUGCAGUCCACACAGCAUCAUCCAACCUGGUGCCAAGCCUCUUGGGUCUGUGCAUGAUCGAUGUUGUGGAAGGUACAGCCAUGCAUGCACUUAAUAGCAUGCAGAAUUUCUUACGUGGUCGUCCUAAAACCUUCAAGUCUCUGGAGAAUGCUGUUGAAUGGAGUGUGAAGAGUGGCCAGAUUCGAAAUCUAGAGUCUGCCUGUGUCUCAAUGGUUGGCCAACUCAAACAGUGUGAAGGAAUUACAAGUCCAGAAGUCUCAAAAUCUAUAGUAGAAGGAAUCAUAGAGGAAGAAGAAGAAGAAGACGAAGAAGGAAGUGAGUCAGUAAACAAAAGGAAAAAGGAAGAUGACAUGGAGACCAAGAAAGACCAUCCUAACACUUGGAGAAUUGAACUGGCAAAAACAGAAAAAUACUGGGAUGGCUGGUUCCGAGGCUUAUCCAAUCUCUUUAGUUGUCCUAUUCCUAAAUUGCUGCUCCUGGCUGGUGUUGAUAGAUUGGAUAAAGAUCUGACACUUGGCCAAAUGCAAGGGAAGUUCCAGAUGCAGGUCCUACCCCAGUGUGGCCAUGCAGUCCAUGAGGACGCUCCAGACAAGGUAGCUGAAGCUGUUGCCACUUUCCUGAUUCGGCACAGGUUUGCAGAGCCCAUUGGUGGAUUCCAGUGAUCCAUAAUGCCCAGCGGAAUGGACAGAACCAGCUUCCACUGCAGCCCGGGAGGCCAUAUUCCAGUCCCAUCUCUUCCAGUUAUUUGCUGUGUUGACUUCGGCCCAAACAGGACAGUCUGUACACCGUCCACAUGACCUCAGGCACUCAGGGCUUCAAAUCUGCCAACACCUAAACUUUGUCUACAACCUAGAUAUCUCCUGAACUCUGGAUACUUCUAGAGUUACUAGAUACCUAGAUACUCUAGGUCCAUCUACUUCUCCAUAUCUCCCAGAUGUCCAAAAGCCACUCAUAUUGACCAUUCCUAAAACCGAACUCACCUUCCCCCUAAAACUUGUUCUUCCACCCACGUUUCCUAGCUCAGUAGUGAUAGAUACCACCAUCUCUCCACUUGUCCAAACCAGGCAGCCAAAGUGCCCUAGAUGGCACCCUUUCUUACCUCCAUAUCCAGUCUACCACCAAACCCUGUCCCUUCUCUGUUCUAUGAUGUCUCCUUUCCUUGCCUCAGCCCCUCCCCUGGUUAUCCUCUACAUACUGUUGGAGUCCUCUUCCUAGUAGGCUUUGGAACCAGGCUGCCUAAAUUAGAACCUAAGGCCCAUCCCUUACUGGCUGUAUGAGAUAGCUACGUACUCUC